AUGGAAAAGCAUCCCUAUGGCCUGCAUUGUGCUCUUGUGGUGGUGUUCCGACGAUUGAAUUAUCCGCUAAAUUUUGUCUCGCCCGUCCUGAACCAAUAUCGCCGUUUCGCAUCCGGGGUUGACGGAAUCGGAGUUGACGGAGGUGGGAGGGCGACGCGCGACGGGGAUGAUGGUGUCAGCGCGAUUGGCGGGGAGCCGCAGGAUGGAUCGGCAGAUCCGACGGCGGCUGCCGCGACGGACAGAGACGAGACAGACGGUGUGCUUGUAAGGAGCGGCGGUUAUGGCGCUGGUUGUACAUGUGACAAUGGAGCAUUUGGCUAUGGGCAUGGUGUGAGAAUGGAGCAUGGUGUAACAAUGGAGCAUGGUGUGACAAUGGAGCAUGGUGUGACAAUGGAGCAUGGUGUGACAAUGGAGCAUGUGACUAUGGAGCAUGGUGUGACAAUGGAGCAUGUGACUAUGGAGCAUGGUGUGCGGGAUUUCAUUCACACCAGCCUCUACCAUCCCACGGAGGGUUAUUUCACAUCCAACGCUGCUGCUGUCGGCGGCCUCUCGCAGCCAAUCAGAUUCCGCCAGCUGGCGGGGCGGCGGGAGUGGGUGGCGCUGCAGCAGUUGCUCUACGCCUCUGCUGAUACCUCCUGGUUCACGCCCUCGGAGCUGUUUCAGGUGAAAACGCAGAGACGGGUGUUCGUGUUUCAGGUGAAAACACAGAGACGGGUGUUCGUGUUUCAGGUUAAAACUCGGGCAUGGUUGUUUCAGGCGAUUCAGCAUCUUCGUCCCUCAUUUUCCCUCCCUUCCUUCCCCCAUUCCCUCCAUCAGCCAUGGUACGGCUAUGCUGUGGCGGACUAUAUUCUCGCCUACCACCCGCCCACCAAACCUCUGAAGAUUUAUGAGGUGGGAGGGGGCGGAGGCACGCUGGCUCGCAACAUUCUCGACCGACUGCAGUCGAAGGCUCCUGCUGUGUACCGGCGCUGCCGAUACACCUCUGUGGAAAUCAGCCCUGCUCUCGCCCAGAGACAAAGAGAGAAAAUCACAGGCCGUGCAAAUGCUUCGACUGCUACAACCGCCACACAUUCUUCAGCUGCCACACCUGCACCACCUCUUUCCGUUUCCACAGCCAGCCCAAAUUCCGGUGGAGCCGCUUUGAGUGUUCGCAGAGCGCGGCGAGUGGCCAAGGGUGCACGGGAUGGCUCUGCCUCUCGUGAUGCUUUGGAUGAGUCGCACGAGCAUCGCGAAAGGCAGUGCAUGAGUCGGCCUUCGCAUGAGUCGGUGCAUUCCGUGGCGGUGUUUGAUGCUGCUGACGUGCGCGGCUGGGGUGCACCAUCCAACGAGCCAUGCUUCAUUCUCCUAUUCGAGAACCAGACCCCAUCCUCUGGCACUAUCACGACCACCACCACCAGCAGCAGCCGCGGCGGCGGCAUGCUGGCACAGCUGUCUGCGUCGUUGCAAGCACUGCUGGCAUCGGUAGUGGGCGGAGAGAGAAUUUUCUGGCUGCCCACAGGAUGCUUGCGUCUGCUGGACGCCAUAUACACAGCGCGCCCCAACGCCACUGUCAUCGCGGCUGACUUCUCUGUGCUCCCAGACCUCACCCACGCCACUGUAAUUGCUGCUGACUUCUCUCUUCUCCCUGACGUGCCAAUCCCACGCGCCAAUGUUCCUCUGGUUGCUGCCAAGGGGGGAGGCAUCACUCAAGACCAAUCCACAUACCUCGUCCCUCGUGGCUCGGCAGACAUUUUCUUUCCAACGGAUUUUGGGCUGCUUGAAAGACUUGAUGCUGCUGCUUCUGCCCCAGCCUCAGUGGAUCGUGUUCGCGGCUCGAUCCCGUCUGCGGAGUUUUUGUCAAUUAUCGCAGCAAAUACCUACACCAGAGAUGGCUUCAAUCCUUUGCUUCAUGACUUCUCUAACACACGUAUAUUUCUAGCCGCCAACACCAUGGCCGCCGAGUACCCUCCUCCUGAGAGCAACCCGCAGUACGCCUCCGCUCCGCCGCCGACAAACUACGCGCCGCCGCCAGCAUACUCACCGACGGGCGCAAACCCUCCUCCACCUGCGGGCUACGCGGACGUUGAGGCGGGCGGCGGCGCGGGCAAGCCGCCAGCCGCGACUGGCGGCGGCUCGGGUGGCGCGUCGAGGAUGUCGACGUUCAUCGGCAUCGGGCUGCGAAUCGCGCAGCUUCUCUUCUGCAUGAUAUCCUUCUCCCUGCUCGUGUCAACCAAGUACGACUACACGAAGCUCAGUUCGGGCGCGUUUCUGCUGGCCAUGACCAUCAUCGGCUUCAUCCUUUCCUUCUUCCUCCUCGUCAUUCUCGUCGCGUCGCUCUUCGUCUCCGCGCUCCGCCCCUUCCAGGGCAAGCUGCGCCUCUUCCAAGUCGUCGAGAACUGGCUGCUCUCGCUGCUCCUCUUCGCGGCGGCGUGCACGGCGGGCGCGCAGGCGUCGGGCUGCGUCAACACGGAGGGAGGCACCUACUGGGGCGUCCACAUUCCUGCCAACAAUGACUGCGGGCUGAUCAAGGGAUCCGUCGCCAUGGCCUUCCUCGCCUCCUUUACCUACAUUGGCGGACUCUGGUACUACGCACUCAUCUCAUACCGCAGGCGAUAA